AUGUCUUCGUCAUUCCGAUUCGUCCUCCCCGCUACUUUGGCUAUCGCCGCGCAGUUCCAGGGCAGCAAUGCCUGGGGGGACCUUGGCCACCAGACCAUUGGAUAUAUCGCGCAGAACUUUGUCAACUCCACAACCGAGAGCUAUUGCCAAGGCAUCCUUGGUAUCACCAACUCGUCUUACCUCGCCUCUGUCGCCACAUGGGCCGAUACUUACAAGUACACUUCUGCUGGAGAAUACUCCAAGCCUUAUCAUUUCAUUGACGCCCAGGAUAAACCACCUCAGACUUGCAAUGUUGACUAUUCCCGUGACUGUGGUGACAGCGGUUGCAGUAUCAGCGCUAUUAAGAACUACACAAAUCAACUUUUGGACAGCUCGACUUCCAAGAAGGAGUCACUCGAUGCACUGAUGUUCAUCGUUCACUUCGUCGGCGACAUCCACCAGCCUCUCCAUGACGAGAACCUGGACGUCGGUGGUAAUACGAUCGAUGUGACGUACAACGGUGAAUCCACCAACCUCCACCACAUCUGGGACACCAACAUGCCCGAGGAAGACGCCGGCGGCUACUCUCUUAGUGACGCCAAGGCAUAUGCUUCUAUGUUGACCGAGCGUAUCAAGAGCGGCCAGUACGCAUCCAACAGCUCCUCCUGGCUGGACGGAAUGGACAUCACCGACCCUGAAUCCUCUUCGAUGAUCUGGGCUUCUGAUGCCAACACCUACGUCUGCAGCACAGUGUUGGAGCCUGGCCUAUCCUACAUCGAGAACAAUGAUUUGUCCGGUAACUACUACGCCACCAGCCAGCCCGUCUUUGAGGAACUAAUUGCCCGAGCUGGAUACCGAUUGGCAGCAUGGCUGGACUUGAUUGCUGCGAACGCUCCUAGUUCCAGCUAA